GCCGUGGUGGUGACCGGCGGGCUGGGCUCCGUCCUGGAGAUGCAGGCGCUCGGCGUGUUUGCGAGGAUGUCGUGCGCCUCGGCGCAGGAGCGUGCGAGCACCGCUGCGCUGCCGUACUUCCUGUCGGUGUUUGCUGCCCGUGACCCGCUGUGGAUGGUGGUGGGCAACGUGCUGCUUGCCGCUGUGUUUGGGUGCGUGCACUGCGGUGUGACGGCGGCCUUCCGGCGGUGGCGCGGCGUGGACGCGGCGAGUGCGUGGGCGGCGAUGCGCUUCCCGAGCCUGACGUACGUCGUGGCGCACGCGAUGCACCUCGGCAUCUUCUUCGGCUCCGUGCUUGCACUGGCGAUGCCCGGCGCCCGCGUGCAGCACCGCGUGAUUGGAGUUGUUGGCGUGCUGUACGGUGCGGCGUUCCCUGCUGGCGUGUGCUACUUGAUUGCCCGCCACACGGGCGCGAGCUUCACGAGGUACUGGCAGUUUUCGAGGAAGCCGCUGCAUGAGCGCCUGCUGUACCCCGUCGGGUAUUGGCACCCCGCGGCGCAGCAGCGGAUGUACGGCGGCAUGCUGACGAACAUGAGGGGCAGCCACGUGUACUGGUGCGUGUUCCAGCUGUCGGCGCUGUGUGUGGUGUGCCUGAUUGCUGCUGUGCACCCGCCCGUGGGAGGCUGUCACGUCCAGUACUUCUGCAUGGCGGCUGUGCUGCUUGCGGGCGCGGGCGUGGUUGCCUUCACGAACAUGAUGCGCUCGGCCUUUCUGACGGUGAUGCACACUGCGGGCUUUGUGCUCCUUGCGACGCUGUGCCUUGUCAGCGCGGCCAACCACCUUGCGCCGAGCGACGGCGGUGCGAGGGCGUACGUGGCUAUUGUGCUGCUGCUGACGACUGUGGUGCUUGCGAUCACUGUGUACGGCGUCGUUGUGUGGUACGCGGAGGACCGCUACUGGAAGGAGCUGCGUGAGCCGCGUUGUGGAGGGCUGGAGGCACUGCUGCGCGAUGACGAGGAGAGCGACGAAGAGACGCAGAAGCCGCACGAAAUGACGUUAUCGUCGUACGCCUCAGGCACCACCGUUGCGUCAUCGUACCGACCACCCGCAGCGCCGCGGCCCGUGGCUGGUGACACCCGCUCAGACACUUUGAGCCUGCUGGACCGUGUAUCCAGUGCCAGCUGCAGCAUUAAUUAUGCCCCUCUGGACAGGUGGAGAUGCUCUGCUUGA